AUGCCGAUUAGCGAACGAGGUCGGGAAAAAUUGCAGUCAUCGCCGGAUCCUUCGUCUUCCGAUAAAAAGAAGCGAGGGAGCAUCUUUAGGAGGGCCAGUCUUUCGCGAAAGAAAAAUAAAGAAGAUGUCUCUAAGCGGGCGAAGAGUAGAGAGCGAAAUCUUGUCGCUGACGCUGUUGAUAUGUGCCCCCAAACACCAGAGGAUAACAAGAAGAAGUCAUCAUCUCUUCCCCGAGAAACUAAGUCAAACUUCAUGCGUGACAGAAAGUCGAAACGCGAAUCGGGUCGGAGAAAAACGCUCGACCUUGACUCCAAAUCCGAAUCCAUCAAAUUCACUUCCUUGAAAGAGUCUGUCGCGCGCUCAAGCUGCGAAAAACUAGCGCUGCCAGAGAUUGUUGGGGCGACGAUAAAAGAGAUCGAGAAACGCGGAUUGAGCGAAAAAGAAAUUUACCGAGUUCCAGCGCCAAAGGUUGAUGUCAUGAGCAUUAUCAAGUCGUAUGGAGAAAUGGACAUUGUCGACUUGACAAAGACAGACAUUCACAUCGUCGCGGCGUCUCUAAAAAUCUUCGUUGGCAAACUGUCUGGAAAUCUGCUCGAUUGCAUGCAUGACCAGAUCGAAGAAUUGGCGAAAGAACCAGAUACUUUCGUCGAAAAAACAAAGAUACUCAUCGAAUCGAAAAUCUUCCCUCCUGAAAACUACAAUAUCUGCUCGUGGCUUUUCACUCAUUUGAACAAUGUCGUACAGUCAUCGCAAAACUCGCAGUCUAUCGAAAGUCUCAGUCCGAUUUGGGUGCCGAAUUUGAAGAUCUCGAAGGCUCUUUUUCAAAGCAUGGUGAACUUUGCCCCAGGUCUUUUCGGAAAGGUCGAUCUUGAUCCGGGAAGAGCGAUUAUCCGCUGGAAAGACUCUUCAACAAACCUCGCCAUUCCAGAGGACGUGACGCUGGAGUGGCUGAAAGAAGAGACCGAUUGCCAGGAGAAAAUUCUUUCCAAACUGCACUCCCUUGAAAACCCGGACUCGCAUUCGGAAGAGCGAAUGUGGGAAGUCCAGAGGAUAAAGACCGCUCUCAAGAGGAAGCAGAAGCACAUGAAGAAAGAGAAGGAGGAGAAAGAAGCCGAAGAAAUGAAGUUCUUGCUUUUGGAGGAGAAAAAAGCCCUCAUCGCGCAAGAAGAGCUGAUCAAGAUGCAAAAUCAUCUUCGCCGAAAACUUGAGUACGAAAAGGCGAAACUGGAUGUCCUCCGCGCCCAAGAACCGAACAUCGAACAAGUGUCUCUCCAAGGCAGCGAGUCAGAAGACGAACUCGAUCGGGAACAGCUUCGAGAACUCUGCGACGAGCUAGUGAGGGAAAACGAACGACUUGAGAAGGAAAAUGAAAAGAUCAUCGAGAACAUAAACGAGGAAAGACAACGGCUUGUUGAAGCAAACAUUGCUUAUCGAGUCAAGAACGAAAUUCUCAACCAAGCUUGA